GGCGCGCCUCCGAGCGGACGCGCCUCCCCGCCUAGGUGCAAGCCGAGCGCGCGGCGCAGCGGGGAGGCGAGCGCGGCGGCGGCGGAGCGCGGUGGCAGAAGCUCUGAAAUUUCUCUGAAGGUGAGGACGUCCCCUCCCCACACUGUCAGCAAGCACUGCCAGCCACUAACACUGUCUGCGUGCGUCACCUUUCCCAUCAGUGCCUCCACUUCCACCCAGGGGCCUGGGUCAGCCACCUGCUCUGCCUGGUGUUCUCCGAGUUAAAUGGCUGAUAAACAGAUCAGCCUGCCCGCCAAGCUCAUCAAUGGCGGCAUUGCUGGACUGAUUGGGGUCACCUGUGUGUUCCCCAUCGACCUGGCUAAGACGCGGCUGCAGAAUCAGCAGAAUGGCCAGCGCAUGUAUGCCAGCAUGUCUGACUGCCUCAUCAAGACCAUCCGCUCUGAGGGCUACUUUGGCAUGUACCGGGGAGCGGCCGUGAACCUGACCCUAGUCACCCCUGAGAAGGCCAUCAAACUGGCAGCCAACGACUUCUUCCGACAUCAGCUCUCAAAGGAUGGGCAGAAGCUCACGCUACCUAAGGAGAUGUUGGCAGGCUGCGGGGCUGGUACCUGCCAGGUGAUUGUGACCACCCCCAUGGAGAUGUUGAAAAUUCAGUUGCAAGAUGCAGGCCGCAUUGCUGCUCAGAGGAAGAUCCUGGCUGCCCAGGCCCAGCUCUCAGCCCAGGGAGGUAUCCAGCCCUCAGUAGAGGCUCCAGCUGCUUCUCGGCCCACAGCCACCCAGAUCACCCGUGACCUGCUGCGGAGUCAUGGCAUUGCUGGACUCUACAAGGGACUGGGGGCCACGCUGCUCAGGGACGUCCCCUUCUCUAUUGUGUACUUCCCCCUCUUUGCCAACCUGAACCAGCUGGGCCGCCCGGCUUCUGAGGAGAAGUCACCUUUCUAUGUAUCCUUCCUGGCAGGCUGUGUGGCUGGGAGUGCAGCUGCUGUAGCUGUCAACCCCUGUGAUGUGGUGAAGACUCGGCUUCAGUCGCUCGAACGUGGCGUCAAUGAGGACACCUACUCGGGGUUUCUGGACUGUGCCAGGAAGAUUUGGCGGCAUGAGGGCCCCUCGGCAUUCCUGAAAGGCGCCUACUGCCGUGCACUGGUCAUCGCCCCACUGUUUGGCAUUGCGCAGGUGGUCUACUUCUUGGGCAUUGCUGAAUCUCUGCUGGGGCUGCUGCAAGAACCUCAGGCGUGAGCCCAUGGAUGCCCCUCCCCAGCCUGUUGGCUGGUGCCAGAACAGGGUGACCAGCCCAAACCUGAGGAGGGAAGGUCUCUCCCUAGCCUUCUCCAUCAAAAAGGAAGUCGGGGAGAAUGCAAAGUCCACGUGGGUGGUACACACCUAGGCCCCCGUGGGGUCCUGAAGGGACAACAGUUGGGAUCAAGGUCUUAUUUAUGUAGAAAAUGCAGAAAUCUGUACAUUCCUCGAGCCAGGCCUUUCCUGUCCUACCCUCUCCCCAACCUGACCCAGUCCCACCUGGCCUGAACACCCCCUGGGACAGAGCUGGUCUCUGGGCUGGGGCCCUCAGGCUUGACUGGGCAGGCGGACUUACCCCCUAGUCUACUGGCUCCUGUCUCCAAGGCUGUCCUGGUCUACAAAUGGGACCCCCACAAAAUUAUUUAUUGAAUCUGCUGUGCCCACAUGGCUCUGCCUGUCCUCCGUCCAUUAGUCUAUCCACCCCUGCUGCUCUUCUGGCCGUCCUCCAGGACCCCACUCUACCUCCCCAGCCAGCCUUACAGGAGGAUAGGGUGUCUUGUUCCCACAUUGAGCUAGAUUCCUAGGCUGGGGGUGAGACCAUACUGAGUUCUGAAUCCUAGGCACCCCGCACAUACUCUUGGGACCUUCUGCUGGGCCUUUGGGCUCCCACCAUAUCUGAGACCCAGACUCUGGGUGAGGUCUGUGUGGUAGAGCUGGUUGGGGAUGGGCUGUGGGGACACCUCUGCCCUUCUGCCCUUCUCCAUGUGGCCAGGCAUCCUGUGCUCCUGUGUGCUGUGUGCCUCAGGCUCUCUGCUGACCCCAUCCAAGAAUUCAGUUCUCCUAAGCCGGGCGUGGUGGUGCACGCCUGUAGUCCCAGCACUUGGGAGGCAGAGGCAGGUGGAUCUCUGAGUUCAAAGCCAGCCUGGUCUACAUAGUGAGUUCCAGGCCAGCUGUGGCUACAGGCAUGAGACCCUGUUUCAAAAAGACCAAAAAAAAUUUAGUUCUCCAGCCUGGUCUCUCUUCUGAUACCCUUACCCCUGGACUUAGAUUGCCUGUCUCGGAAGGGCAGGCAUACGAGCCAGUAUGAAGUCUGGGUCCACCCUGAUCUAUGGGCCUCUGCCCAGUUUUGGGAAGCCCCCCUCUCCCAGCCCUGGACCCUCUAUCCUGAAUCAAGGCAGGCCCCUUCUGCCCCGGCCAUGUGAUUGUGUUUAGUGAUUGACUGAAGUGCUGGUGCUGUGUCCUCCAAGCUCGGCCCCUCCGUGGAGGCCCCUUCCCAGUGACACUACCUGGGGCUCAAGUCUGGGCCCCCAGUUCACGGUUGCUCCUGGGAGCCACCCCUCCCAUCAUGUGUGUACCCUGAGAGCUGCUGCUGCUGCUUACAGAAUUAUAUUUUUUUCUUUUGAAGAGUUUUAAGAAGUAACUUUUUGUGUCUUGUCAUGUAAGAUGAUAAAUAAAUAUUCUAAAUAGA